GAACUAUUUUUGCAAUAAACAAUACAAACUAAAUAAAAUAAACCCUAGAGAGGCUGUCACUUUUUCAUUCAUCCUCUACACCCUUUCUAAUUUUCUUCUCUCUUGAUCUUCACCCUUGCCCUUCUAAUUGGAAAUCUUGCCAAAUUCAACCUGAUGAUUUCAAAUUCAAUAGUUCCAAACAGGGAAUUAAGAAGGUAAUGGUAGAUAGGUUGCAGUAUCGAAGAGGAAGGUACAAUGGCGAAGCUCUCAGGGUUGCAAAAGCAAGUGCUCAGUCUCUACAGAGCAUUUCUCCGAGCAGCUCGUUCCAAAUCCGCUGAAGAUCGACGGCAAAUCGAAUCGAUUGUCGCCGCCGAGUUCCGCCGAAACGCCAAGCAAAUCGAUCGUAAAAAUUUCAUCCACAUCGAGUACCUUCUUCGUCGAGGUAACAAACAGUUGGAUCAACUUAAAAGUCCUGGCACUGUUCGAUUUUCGACUAUCAAUCCCCAUUCUGAGCCUUGAAAUUGUAUGUACAUUUCUUCGAUUCUUCGCUAUGGCUGUUCUCGGUUCUGAUAGGAUCGAUUUUGAACCCUAGAAAAUAAACUGCGAUCGAUUUGCUUUUUUACCUCCUGAAUUUCAGAUUCGCAAUUUUGCUGGUGGAUCCUCAUCUGAUAAUGAAAUUUUUUAUUCAUGAUCUUGCUUUUCA